AUGCAGCUCAGUCGCCUACUUCUCGUCGGCCUUUCGGCCCUAAGCGUCGCCGAGGCCUCCUACAUCCGUAUCGGCGUCAAUGUCCCUCACCACAAGAACCUCGGUGCCCUAGCGCAGAGGGCAGACGACGAGAGCUCCUCAGCCGACGUCGACAUUGAAACCUCGGUCAAGCUACCGAUUCCAGAGACAACGUCAACAAAGGCUCCUGUGACGACAUCAAGCGUUGACCCUCCAGCCGAGCCCAGUACCACGUCCAAGCCUGCCUCGCCGCCGGUUGUCGUUACCACAUCAUCAUCAUCACCUGCCCCGGUAACGACAACUUCAAAACCCACCAACAACAACCAGCCUCCAGUAACGACGGCGAACCCUAACGGCGACGUUGUAUCUUCUACCAAGGGACCAUCACCAACACCUUCAUCUUCGGCUGGCGGAAGUGGUGGUUCAUCCAACAACGAUGACGAUGAAGAACCCAAGUCCAGCUCGUCUGUCAAGCCCAUCAUCAAGACCGUCACCCAAAUCAUUACCACCAUCGACGAGCAGGGUGUCGCGACGACCGUGACGACCGAAGCCCUCACCACCUCGACCCCACCUCCCGGCUUUGCUUCCGAGAACGACGGCGACAAGGACGGCGACAAGUCCGGCGGCGGCAUGUCGGUCAAGACCCGCAAUACCGUUAUUGGCGUCGUCGUCGGUGUCGGCGGUGCUAUCGUCCUGGCCGGCUUGGGUAUCGUCGCCUGGAGGAUCUGGGGCCGCAAGAGACAGUCCGAUGAGGCCGACAAUCUGAUGGAGUACAACGAUGCUGGCAAGCCGGAGGUUGGAGGAUCGAUGGCCGGGCGUACGCCCUUCCAGAGCACGCUGGAGAGCUACCAUGCGCCGACGCAUGUGAACCAGGCGUCAAACUUCUAA